AUGACCAUUGGUUUGGCACCCAAUCCCAGAGCAACCACUUCAACAUCAUUAGCAACCAAUACAACCAAUACUACAUUUACUAUGAAAUCACCCACAACAACGCCGUACGUAAUACCCAAGAAGGAGGCGCCGCGUCCGCCCGCGGCCUCCAACAAACCGCCAGCGAUACGACCCAGAGGUCGGCCCCGAAAGGACUCGGUUUCGGUGACCGCCUCCGCCGCCACUGGCGUCGCGCCUAAGAAAGAACGGAACCAGAGUUUGUCGGACGACGACAGCAAACAGGCGUCGAAAGGCGGCCACAAAGAGAGGCACAAAGAGGCGACCACUGAGUCGAAGAAGGCGGCGGCGACGGCAGCGGUCGAGUCCGACGACGACGAGUACAUCUGUCCGCAGUGCGAGAGGCCCGACGACGGCACGCCUAUGAUCGGGUGCGACCGUUGCGACGAGUGGUACCACUGGCAGUGCGUCGGCGUAUUCAUCGAACCCAAGGCCGACCAGACCUGGAUGUGCACCCGAUGUAAGAAAAAGAAACAGUCGGUGCGCCCACCGCCGCCAUCUCCACAGCCUCCACCCCUGCUGUCUAAACAGUCGGCCGCCGCGGCGAUUGCCCACCGGUCGCUGUCCACAUCGCCCAUCAUAUCGUUGACCAAAUACAGCGCCGGUAUAGGCGGUGGCGGCGGCGCUGGUGGUCUGUCAGCGUUACCCGAGACACACCAACGCGGAGGUCGACCUAAACAGUGUCCCUAA